AUACUUAUUAUUGUUGUUGUAUAUUCAUUAUUAUAUCAAAUUUUUGCUUACUAUGAUUACCUUUUCUUUUUCCACAUUCCAUAACCACCUUGAUAUUCUUUCGUAGUGGUUUUAUUUUUGGAUGUUGUAAGAUUCCCAUGACUCGCAAGGCUCAGUGGUGGGGUGGGGAGUGAGGGAGAAGUGUGGUGGGAAGUUUGUUGAUGUUUUUCUUCCGCUCUCUCCUCAGCCAUGGCCCCCACCACCAUGGCCCCCCCCACCACCACCACCAUGGCCCCCACCACCACCACCACUACCACUACACCAACCACCACCACCACUACCACUACAACACCCACCACCACUACCACUACAACACCCACCACCACUACAACACCCACCACCACCACCACUACCACAACUCCCACCACCACUACCACUACCACAACUCCCACCACCACCACCACCACCACCACUACUACUACUACUACUACUACUACUACCACCACCACCACCACCACGCCCGCCCGGUUCUUCAUCCGUGGAGCAUUAGACGAUUCAAGCGAUAGUGACGACAUCAACAACUCCAACAAAAAUAAUAAGCGGAAAAACAGCAAGAGCAAGAAGCGUAACUCCAACAAAAACGACAAACGUAACGCCAACAAGGAUGACGACGACGACGAAAACACCAACCGUACUCUGAACCGCGGCAAGGAAUGGAGCUACCAUGGCGUCACUGGACCGACAUACUGGCCAAGGGAAUUCAAGAACUGUGACAAUUACCAGCAGUCGCCCAUCAACUUGGAGAUGAACCUGGCUGUCAAGAAGCCCAUCGCUCCCCUCGUGUUCCGCAACUACGACGCCACCCCCGACUUCAUGAAGAUCGUCAAUGAUGGACGCUUAGUGGCCCUGGACCUGAAGAUGGCGGAGAUGCCUUUCAUCGAGGGCGGCGGCCUAAAGGGUGAAUACGAGUUCUUCAGGAUGGACUUCCACUGGGGCAGGACGGCGUACCUUGGCUCCGAGCACUUCAUCGACUCCGCCAGCUACCCCUUCGAGCUCCAGCUGUUGCAUUACAAGAAGAAAUACGGCACCGUGCAGGAGGCCAGGAAGCACCCUGACGGCCUGGCGGUGCUCGGCGUCUUCGUGACCUUCGGCGAGGAGGAGAACGCGGUCCUGAAGGGCGUCUCUGCGUCCCUGAAGGAUAUCCCGACGCCGAUAUCGGCCGCCCGCAUCAGUGCCGUGCCGCUGAGUGCGUUCCUGCCGCAGAACACCACCACCUUCUUCCGCUACGACGGCUCCCUCACUUCGCCACCCUGCUCCGCCGCCAUCUGGAGCGUCUUCCCCAACUCCCUCUCCACCACGCAAGAGUCGAUGCUCGCCUUCAACUCCGUGACGGACGAGGCCGGCUUCCCCCUGUCUGGCAACUAUCGGCCCGUGCAGCUCAACAGUGGCUGGACUUACCUAGCGCAGCCUGAUGGUGAGAUCUAAAGUUAAAAAAGGCGCCGAUGUUGUUUAGAAGUUCCGUCCCCAGCAUCGCCACCGCCAAGAAGACUGAGUUCAGGUCUUGGCGCCACCGACACCAGCAUCACACCAGCAACAAAGCUCUUCUCGUAUUAAUGACUUUUUUUUAAUCUUUUCACGCUGCAUAUUCGGUUGGCUAAAGAAAAUAUAUACAAGAAAACGGAAUGAAAGUCAGCCGCAGCACUUUCAAGAUAUUAUAUAUAUUAUAUUAUAUUAAUUUAUAUUUUCACUUAUGAAUAUAAUCACUGUUUGUGGACAUCUUUUAUUAUGUUUAACUUAUUUUUAUAUUUUUGUUUACGUUGCUCACUCGUUUUCACGCCAUACUGCACGAUAUCUUCUAGGAUGUAUAUUAUUUUAUUUUAUUCACUUUUUUUAUAAGUUUUAUUAUAUUUUAAUUAGUUUAUUUUUUUGUAACUAUCUUUGCAUUCUACAAAUAAAAAAAUGAACACACAUA